AUGCCCGGCGGCCGUGGCCGUGGCGGUGGUGGCGGCGGCGGCGACAUCACGGUGCACGUUGAAUAUCUGGCGCGCAGCCUGAUGCGGAAGCAGGAGGGCAUGGCGGCGGAGGAGCAGCACCGGUCCAUGGCGACCAGCCACCGGCUGUCCCGCGUCCCCGUCCACCUCCGCGACAACAACGCCAACUAUUACACGCCGGGGUUCGUCGCCAUCGGCCCGCUCCACAACCGUGAGGAUCGGCGCCUCCGCCCCGCCGAGCGGCUCAAGGUGGCGUACCUCAACAGCCUCAUCUCGCGGGGCCACCCCGACCCGGCGCACCACCUCACCAUCAUCCAGGAGUACGUCCUCGUCGUCGCCGCCCGCGAGAAGGAGGCCCGGGCAAUGUACGCUGGGGAGGACGACGUCGCAGAGAUUCCCCCCGAUGAGUUCAUCCAGAUGAUGGUGCUCGACGGCUGCUUCAUUAUCGAGCACCUCAUCAACGUCGCCACGGGCCACGAGGAGCCGUCGCUGCACGCCACGCCCUUCGGCCCCGCGCAGCUCUCCGUCGAUCUCGUCCUCGCCGAGAACCAGAUGCCCUUCUUCCUCCUCGUUGAUCUCAUCGCCAGCACCAAGCUGCCGGAGUUCGAGGCUUCCGGCCACCCCGCGCCGGUGCUGCUCGUGAAGCUCGUGCUGUACUACCUUGCCAGCGAGAAGGGCCGCGACAUGAGCGAGGAGCUGCCGCCGGCGGAGGGGGUCUCCCACGUCCUGCACCUGCUCCACGAGAUGGUCACCGCGGCGCGGACCCGGUGGGAGCCGCCGCCCAGCGCCACCCAGGACACCGGAUGGGCGCAGGCGGCAUGGCGGCUGGUGCGCCGUCUACCGUCGAUGGUUCUGGUGCCGCUGCUGUACCGGAUUGUCCCCGAGAGCCGCAGGAGGCGUGUGUGGGAGGACGUGCCGUCGGCAAGCGACCUGAAGAGGAUGCGGGUGAAGUUCAAGAAGGCGUCCCGCAGAGUGGGGACCACGCCAGUCGCCGACAUCGCUUUGCUGAUGGGCCCGGUCCCUCUGGCCGUGAAGCUAACGGAGGAUGGCCAGCUGCAGCUGCCGCAGCUGUUGCUCGAGGCCCGGACGGCGCCACUGUUGCUGAACCUGAUGGCGUUCGAGCAGUCUUGGCGGGUCAAGCAGGAGGUGUCGCCGUACGCAGCCUUCAUGGCCAAGUUGGUGCAGACAGCGGAGGAUGCGGGUCUUCUGGCGGCGGCAAAGGUGUUGCAGCACGGCAACGAGAGCAUGGAUGAAGUGGCCAAGCUGUUCCGGAUGCUGGGCGUGGCGAGCGAGGCGGGCGCCAAGCUAGAAACGAGCUACCUAAGCGUGACGCUUGAGGAGCUGAGACGGCUCAGCCAGAGCUGGGCCGACGUGGAACGCCACUACUUCACCUUGCUCGCCGAGUUGCUGGCCUUGGUCACCUUUGUCUCUGGUAUCUCUACCAUAGUCCAGACCUACGCAGCCUUUAAGUAUCAUUGAUCGAUCAUAUUCA